AGUGUCAAGAAUAUCACUCAAAGUGGUGUCUGAGUGAAUUGACGCCAAAAUAAUCCCUCUCGCUUUCGCGUUUUUCUAGCUAAUACCAUUUAGGUUUGAUUGUCUAAGAUUUGCUCAUCGACUUUCCAACCAGGACUGAUAAGCUUCGACGUUCGAUCACAACCAAGAACUAAGCAAGGAGCUAGCGUCUUCAAGUAGUAAUAUAGACUUCUAUAUCGAGCUUACUUAGCACUUUUUCCGGUUAAGUAGAUAACAAUCAAUGGCGCGAGUAUAUGUAUCUAUAUACACCAUCCGGGAGGUGCUGUGUUGCAGGUUCUUAUAGAUACUAGAAGGAACAAGUAGAGGCACGCCCGUGCCUAGAUCAUCAACGCUUUCAAGCACGUAUAGAAUUAAGAGCAGACGGCAGCCCUACUCUCUACAUGUUCAAGCUCAUGAUGUUUUCCUGAAGAUACGUUUGCAUUUCCUUCCCUGUUUGCGUACCACGAGCACACAACACACGAGACAAUCUUGAACCUUGCUGCUCGAAGGGACAAAAUGGGCAAUACCCUGCUGGGCCCUCCGCCACUUCACAAGUCGGUGCCACGUUUAUGGCAUGAUCAAUGAUUGCGAACGAAUGUAAAGGAAUGUCUAUCCGGUCAACGCAAGCUUCGGCACAGAUCAUACGGAUCGGCAUUCUAAUAACCGCGCUCGCAAUCAGCAGAACCAUCCAAAUCAGGAGGUCAGACACUUCAUCUUUGCCUUUGAAAGAGCAGAGAAGGCGAAAAAAGCACUGGAUGAGGAAGUAGAGAAGGUCAAGGCACAUCAAGAAAAUUAUGGAUUUAUUUGCAGGUUUGAGCGACGGUAGGACAGAACAUCGAUCCACUCGUCCUUGCAUUAUUUGGGGGCCGCGCAUCCCCAUCAUACUUGCAUGCGGGCGCUCGCCCAGUCGCCAUUCUCCAUUGCGCAUUCUCUUGCCCAUUUCGAUCCAUUCGCUUCUCUCUCUUCUCUCACCCUCCCACUCCUUGCUAAAGUCUGCACAUUCUCGUCCUCUUCCCACUCUCGGCAUACGGACGGAUAGCUGGCACCCAUGACCAACAUAGCAUCUAGUGUGAGUCUUCAGAACUCACGACCGCCGUCCGUCUAGUAGGCUGGUCUGGAGCGCUGGCCUUCGGGUGAAUAAAUACACUCUUGCGCGUUCUUCUCUAAUAUCAAGGUCGUGGCGGAGUCUUGGAUCUCACGAAUAUAAGUACCCUUGGCCUUGUCGACAAGGCAAAAAAGUACACUGAACUUCGGGAAAAACUACUUGAAUUUCGGGAGAAGAAUAAAUGGUAUCUAGAGGACUAUGACCCGAUGAAGAUUAGCCAGGCAAGAGCUUCUCCUGCUUUUAAUGGAUGGAACUCUCUCCCGACCGCCAAGGAAACGCUUCUUAAAGCCGGCUUAGCCGAUGCUAUUGCAGAUUCCGAUCCGAACAGCCACUCGACUUCAUUCCUGGAGCCACGCUUCGACGACGCCAACUCUUCUGGCUCCAGUUCUGGACUGCGUCAGCUUCAGUUUCCUGAGGAUCCCAUCGUUUACGCCUUUGGGCUGCUCCUGGCUCUCUGUGCCUUUUUUCUGUGGAAGAAGUUCCUGCGCAAGAUCUGCAUCUGCCGCAAUAAGCCAAGAGAAGAGGCUAGCUCCAUUUUCCUCAAUACGCAAGAAGAGCACCAGUCUUACGGCAGUGGCAGUGGUGUGACUUAUAGAAGACCGUCAAAGUUUUGAAAUAGCGUCGGAGUGGGUGAAGACUUGGGAGAAGAAAAGAAGACCCUGCUGAAGUAGUAGAAAAGAAUGCAAAUUGCACAUAGUACUUGCUGCAAAAUGUAGGCGAAUUAUCUUCACACACAGACCUAGCGCGAGAUAGUAGAGGCGCAGUCAUAUUCUUUGGCCAUUGAUAAGUAGAAAGCAGGGCAUUCUUCAAUGGAAACGAGUUUACGCAUGAUAGAUCUUCUAGGUAGUGGAAUGGGAUUUCUUUUGUUUUUUUUUCGGCAUCAGCUAAUAGUAUAUAAGGAUAAAUUUUUUUAGCAUGGCUGGCUGAGGCUGCCUGCUGCAAGUAGAGUUGUACGAAGUGAAUAGGUCUAGGCGUUCUACAUAUUUUUGACCGAUGUAAAAGAUUUAGUUGAGAAUUAUACUGUUUCAGGAGGAGCCACUGACAAGUAGUAGGAAAAUGCAGAUGGCGACGAAAUGAGAAAGCGCUGCUCGAUGUGAGCAAGGAUGUGCCUGCGUGUGCAUUAAAUGUUGAUUAUAGUCAGAGAUGGCGCGUUCAAAUACGUGGGUGGGCGAAUGAAUGAGUGUAAUUGUUAAUGGGAAAUGUG